AUGAUAAUUCGCAGGGGCGUGGCUUAUGAGGCUCUUCGUCUUCUCAGUUUGACAGUUCGACUUCACGAUGAGCUUAAAGGAUAUCUUGGAAGGCAAUUCGACAACGUUUUGCCGUCUUCGCAUAUUUGUUAUUGCGGAGACAACCCGACCAAAGACCUCAUCAAAGCCGGCAAGGAGCUGCUCUGGCCCGCGGAGUACGACCUACCACCAGGGCAGGUCGUACAGAAAGGCUUUGUUGCCGUAGCUGGCAAAGUCCUUAAGAUGUUCCCAUUGAAGUGGGAAAGCAAGACGGGCGUUCCUCUGCGGGAUGUCCUUUUAGACCAUGGAGGGACACCACUCCAAGUGACACUUUGGAGGGAGGCCACCCUUUUGGAGCUCACAGAGGGAAAACAUGUGGUCCUGCAUCACCUUAAAGGCCACAUGUUUGGAACUGUGUUUAAAUUAAACAGCACAACCCUCACCACAAUCAGUGAGCCUUCAAGGAACAUACGGGUCCUGAAAAUCGAGGGCACGUCAGCAGAGUUGGAUUCUGGCGACUGUCUUGUCCUGACAGAAGACGGCGAAAUGUUUCGGGUGGCGGAAAAACGAUGGUCUUUGCACGACCGCACAGACUUUCUCAUUGAGGCAGACGUGGAAGCCGACAGGAUUCUGUCAUAUAUAGUGAAGGACCAUGAGGCAGAGGAAUAG